AUGCCAGUCUCCUCAUCCUACCCUUCGAUCGACAUCCCCAAUGUGGAUCUCUGGACCUUUCUAUUCGAACGCAAAGACAGAGAAUUCCCUGAUAACAAGGUUAUCUACCGUGAUGCCGACACCGGCCGUCAUUAUACCUACCAGACCUUGAAAGAUGCAGCACUCUCUUUCGGACAGGGGUUGAGGGAUAUCUACAAUUGGCAGAAAGGAGAUGUACUCGCCAUGUACACCCCCAAUAGUAUCGAUAUCCCGGUUGUGAUGUGGGGUACCCAUUGGGCUGGCGGAGUGAUCUCUCCGGCGAACCCUGCGUAUACAGUCCAGGAGCUUGCCUUUCAGUUGAAGAACGUCGGUGCCACCGCAUUGAUCACCCAGCUGUCUGAACUCAAAACCGCCAAACAAGCCUCUAAGCAGGCGGGGAUCCCUGAAUCUCGAAUAAUCCUUAUAGGCGACGAGCACGAUCCCGAUGGAAAGAUCAAGCACUUCACAUCUAUCUGCAGUACCUCGGGAACCUCACAAUACCGCCAGACUAACAUCAACCCCGAGAAAGAUCUUGCAUUUCUAGUCUAUUCUUCGGGAACCACUGGAAUGCCCAAGGGUGUUAUGCUAUCGCACAGAAAUAUUGUCGCCAACUCCUUGCAGCUGGCCGCUUCGGAAGGCGACCAGUUGUCUUGGAACGGCGGCCCUGACGGAAGAGGAGAUAGGGUAUUGGCCUUCCUUCCAUUUUUCCAUAUUUAUGGUUUGACAUGCCUCGUCCAUCAGACCCUGUAUCAGGGAUACGAGCUCUAUGUCAUGCAGAGGUUCGAUCUUGAGAAAUGGUGCUCCUAUGUGCAGAAGUAUCGCGUUACCUUUAGUUACAUUGUGCCUCCUAUCGUGCUACUACUAAGCAAGCAUCCGGUUGUCGACAAGUACGAUCUAUCAAGCCUUCGCAUGAUGAAUUCGGGAGCUGCGCCCCUCACAAAGGACCUCGUAGAGGCAGUGUAUAGCCGUCUCAAGGUUGGAGUCAAGCAGGGCUAUGGCCUUAGUGAGACUAGUCCUACCACUCACAGCCAGCCAUGGGAGGAGUGGCGUACAAGCAUCGGGUCUGUGGGCAAGAUGGUACCUAACAUGGAAGCUAUGUACAUGACUAUACCUGAAGACGGCUCGAAGCCCUGCGAGGUGCCUGUUGGCGAAGUGGGCGAACUAUAUCUACGUGGGCCCAACGUCUUCUGUGGAUAUCACGCCAACCCAACGGCCACAGCAGAAAUUCUCUCUCCAGACGGAUGGUUCCGCACGGGAGAUGUGGGAUACCAGGAUAAGAACAUGAAUUUCUAUAUCACGGACCGCGUCAAAGAACUCAUCAAGUAUAAGGGCUUCCAAGUGGCCCCUGCGGAGCUGGAGGGUAUACUGAUCGAUAACGAGGCUAUUGAUGAUGUCGCCGUCACCGGGAUUGAGAGUGAAGCCCACGGAAGUGAGGUGCCUGUUGCCUAUGUCGUGCGAAGUGCGAGGAGCAAGGGAUCCGGCAUCACUGAUGAACAAGAGGCUACCAAUAUUAUACAAUGGCUGGAUAGUAAAGUGGCAUAUCACAAAAGAAUACGUGGAGGCGUGCGGUUUGUAAAUACGAUUCCAAAGAGUGCUGCCGGCAAGAUCUUACGACGAGUGCUAAAGGCUCAAGCCAAGAUGACAACAGCUUCCCCCAAGGCCAAGCUGUGA